AUGUCCCUGGGUCUUGGAACUGUACUGAUUGCUGACUCUAGUCUCAGCAUCAAAAGCCCUCGAAGCAGUAAAUCUAAACAGCUUCCCGCCGCCUCGGAUCAUUCGCUUGCAUACCUUCCUUCGUCCCCAGGCUCUGACGACGAAGACGACGACGACGACUUCGAAAAGCCACGAUACUGUCUGACCACUCGCACCCCGGUCGAACCUAAGGAGUCAUCACCUUGCUGCAAUCGAAAUCCAUCUGACCAUCCUCAACCACAAACGCUGCGCUUCCCCGAGCCCGAGCAUCAGUUUCCCUCUGUUGCUCCAUUGCCUGAACCCCCUCGUCGACGCAGGGAUAGCUUCUACCGUCACUGCAAGAAAGCAAUGUCACGCUUUGUACCCACCCAGUCAAGGUCUUCGGCCUCUUCACACCCUAGGAACAUGGCUCCGCACACUCAAUCCUUUCCUCUCCAGCCGCGCAAACAUCUCUACUCUGCCUCGAACAACCGGUCUUUCUUCCAUCCGUUUGGUGCGUUCGCCAAAGGUCCCAAGGAUACCGUACCAGGAUAUGUGGAGAUGCCUCAGGAUCCGCUCGCACCUACCCCUGCUCAGGCAGCUGCGCUCCAUCAUGAAAGGAAGCGCCAUGCAGAGCUUGAAGGCUGUUACAACUCGGUCCACGAAAUGCCCCAGCCGACGCCGCCUCCGAUGCCUACUGAGAUGCCCGGCGACUUUCCUCUUGGCCAUGUUUUGCCGGAGUAUUCGAUGCAGAGUUUCAAUCCGUCUGAGGAUCCGUGGACCCCGGAGCGACAGGCCUUUGCACCUGGAAGGAGUAAUGUCUCAGUAAACAAUGACGGCUUCAACCGCUUUUAUGAAAACCAGGAGGCAAUCUAUUCACUAGACGAUGUCCACCAACCGCCAUUCACGCCUUGCCACAACCAAUCGGCUUUCGAGGACCACAGCCUGGCCAUGACCACCGCAAACAACGGCAUGGACGAACUGUCGUCUCCAUGGAACAGCACUAACCCACUCAACAACCCACAGCAGCGCCUACAAGCCCAUCCAAACGAACAACUCCACCCAGCGCCCAUCAUCUACAAUGUCCUCUCCCCCAACACCAGCACCGGCUACACCACGCACUCCGCCCAGCCAGCCUCAGCCCCAGCACCACCCCACCUCAGCAGCAGCCACCACACCCUACGCACCGGCUCCCCCCGCCCCCAAAUGCGCAUCGAUACGUCCGUCUCGAGCAUGCCACCCGCCUACCCAGCGCAAUACUCCAGCAGCACCGCGACGUCCUCCAGCACAAACAGCAGUUCGCGCCGCAGCGGCGGCACCAGCAGCAGCGGCGCCUACUCCAGCGGCGCUUACUCCAGCGGCGGCUCCUCCGCCGUCCCGCCCUUCUUCCCCCGCCGCGCAAGCGCCAUCCCCAGCACCCCGACGUCGUCGAUCCCUUCGUCUGGGACGUCGGGCUGCCCGUCGCACUGGCGCUUCCCUGAUGAUGCGUCUGCGAUUUCUGCUACGCACCGCAGCUUUCUGGGCGACGAGUUCGCGUUUUCUCCGUUUGGGGAGUGCGGGAAGGUGUUCCCGCUAUUCGGCAGCCCCCUUAGCCCUUGGUCUGGGAGCGGCAGCGGCAGUACUGGCGCCCCGGACGCUUACGCCGCCACCACGGGUGCUGCCGGCCCUGGGAAUUUCCACCAGGCUGGCUUGGAUGCGGAGGCGUUGCCCGCGCCGUACAACGUCAAUGUCGUGGUCUCGCCUGCGUCGCCUACGGACUGCAGGACUGAGGCCUCGCAACCGGCUUCCUCGCAACAACAACAACAACAACACUGCGCGGUCCCAUCACCACCACCACCACUACAGCAACAACAGCACCAGCAGCACCAGCAGCAGCAACAACUCUACCCCCUGCCUCUGCAGCCCACAAAGCCUCCCUACGCCAGCGCCACCAGCGCCGCCAGCAGCCCACAGCACGUCCCCCUCCCUAAGAACGUCUGCCCAGACUGCAAGAUGCGCUUCAAGUCGAAAACGCGCGACCUGGUGGGCAACAUCAAGCGGCACCAGAAGACGGCGUGUCCGGCGCGGCCGGCUGCGGCUGUGUAUCCGUGCUCGUAUAGGGGGUGCGUCAAGACUUACAAUCGGAGUGAUGCGCGCAAGUCGCAUGAGCGGGAGAAACAUCGUGAGGGGUUGGGGGCGGAGGGGGAGUGA